CCGCCAGCCCGCCCUCCCGGCCCCGGCGGUGGGCGGAGCGGGGAGCGGCCCCGACCCUGCGGCGGCCGGAACGGCAGGCGGCCGAGCAGGCGGAGCCAGCGCGGCGGCGGGCAGCUGCGACAUGUCGCACCCGUCCCCACUCGCCCGGCCCAGCAAGCCCUGCAACCCCCGCGCCUUCUUCGAUGUGGACAUCGGGGGCGAGCGAGUUGGACGCAUUGUCUUUGAAUUAUUUGCUGACGUGGUACCUAAAACUGCUGAAAAUUUCCGUGCGUUAUGUACAGGAGAGAAAGGAACAGGGCCUACUACUGGAAAACCUCUCCAUUAUAAAGGAUGUCCUUUCCACAGAAUUAUUAAGGAAUUCAUGAUCCAGGGUGGAGAUUUCUCAAACCAAAAUGGCACAGGUGGAGAAAGUAUAUAUGGUGAAAAAUUUGAAGAUGAAAACUUCCAUUAUAAGCAUGAUAAACCAGGGCUGCUGAGCAUGGCAAAUGCAGGACCUGGUACUAAUGGCUCUCAGUUCUUCAUUACAACGGUGCCUACUUCUCACCUGGACGGGAAGCAUGUGGUGUUUGGCCAAGUCAUCAAAGGAAUGGGUGUAGUUAAACUAUUAGAAAAUGUUGAAGUGAAAGGAGAAAGUCCUGCUAAGUUGUGCGUCAUUGCAGAAUGUGGAGAGCUGAAGGAAGGAGAUGACUGGGGAAUUGUUCUCCAGGACGGAUCUGGAGAUGCUCAUCCAGAUUUUCCUGAAGAUUCAGAUAUAGACUUAAAAGAUGUUGACAAGAUUGUGGCCAUAGCAGAAGACAUAAAGAAUAUAGGAAAUACUUUCUUCAAAUCGCAAAAUUGGGCAGUGGCAGCUAAAAAGUAUAGUAAAAGCUUACGGUAUGUAGAAGCUUCUGAAACAGUGGCAGAGGAGGCAGACAAACCAAAGUUAAAGACUGUUGCUUUGACCUGUGUUUUAAACAUUGGUGCUUGUAAACUAAAACUGUCGGAUUGGCAGGGAGCCAUUGAAAGUUGUUCAGAGGCUCUUAAAAUAGAUCCAGCAAAUACUAAAGCUCUCUACAGACGGGCUCAAGGAUGGCAGGGAAUAAAAGAUCUCGAUCAGGCAUUGGCUGAUCUUAAAAAAGCUCAUGAAAUAGCCCCUGAAGACAAAGCAGCUAUCCAGACGGAAACACUCAGAAUCAAACAGAAGAUAAAAGCCCAAAAGGAGAAAGAGAAGGCAGCUUAUGCUAAAAUGUUUGCUUGAUUUUUUUUCUUAACGUUCAAAUUAUGCACUAACUCACACAAAAGGUUAAAGGGAGCUGCUUCUUUCAUUUGCCCUGUGCUGCAGUUUUCAGUGUUUACAACUCAACAAUCUAACAAUAAAGACAAACUGUUCAAAGGUGA